UCCCAGGCAGCGCCCACCCCUGAGGCUCUGCUUCCGCCUGUAAUUGGUUGCCCUGGGUGCCGGUCGCUACGCCACCCGCCUCUUAUUGGUCAUCCAUCCGCCGCUCUGCGCGGCGCCGGCUCCGCCCCCGUCGGGUGUUUGUGGUGGGGCUGCGGAGUCGCCGAUCCCGCCGGAAGCGCCAGGACAAUGGGGACCCGGGACGACGAGUACGACUACCUAUUCAAAGUGGUGCUCAUUGGGGACUCAGGCGUGGGGAAGAGCAACCUGCUAUCACGCUUCACCCGCAACGAGUUCAACCUGGAGAGCAAGAGCACCAUCGGUGUGGAGUUUGCCACCCGCAGCAUCCAGGUGGACGGCAAGACCAUCAAGGCGCAGAUCUGGGACACCGCCGGCCAGGAGCGCUACCGUGCCAUCACCUCUGCCUACUACCGCGGCGCGGUGGGUGCCCUGCUGGUGUAUGACAUCGCCAAGCACCUGACCUACGAGAACGUGGAGCGCUGGCUGAAGGAGCUGCGGGACCACGCCGACAGCAACAUCGUCAUCAUGCUGGUGGGCAACAAGAGUGACCUGCGCCACCUGCGGGCCGUGCCCACUGACGAGGCUCGUGCCUUUGCAGAAAAGAACAACUUGUCCUUCAUUGAGACCUCAGCCUUGGAUUCCACCAACGUAGAGGAAGCUUUCAAGAACAUCCUCACAGAGAUCUACCGCAUCGUGUCGCAGAAGCAGAUCGCAGACCGCGCUGCCCACGACGAGUCCCCCGGCAACAACGUGGUGGACAUCAGCGUGCCGCCCACCACCGACGGACAGAAACCCACCAAGCUGCAGUGCUGCCAGAACCUGUGACCGCCCCGCGCCGCCCCGCGCGUGCGUGCACGUCCUCGUCCUCCGCCCGCCCCUCCCCCCGCCGUCCUCCCUGCCCUCCCCUCUCCGCCCCCUCCGUGACUGGCUCCUGCCCUCCCAUCGAGCUCCGCAUGGCUGGCCGGCCGUGGCCCCGGAAGAACAGGAGUGGGCGGCACCACCUGCCGGCCCGCUCGCUCGAGGAAAGCCGGAAGCCCCGGUUUCUUCUGGGGCCUCGGUGUGCAUCUCGGCGGGGCGGGGCGCAUGGGCCAGGAGGAUGGGCGCACCGAGCGGGCUUCUCCGGUUUUCCACGGCAGACUCCAGGGAGCGAUUGCCUCCCACCCUCUGUGGCCAGUUGGCCCAGCUGGUCCGCGGUCCCCAUCCGGAACCCCCUUCCGGGCUGAUGCUCGAAGAGCAAGGCGCCAGGGGGCCGGGGCAGGCGGACACUCUCGGCUCUCGGCACCCCUGUCCCCCCACGCACAGCCAGCACCGGCACACGCACCGGCACACGCCUUCGACCUCUCCCGUGCGUGCGCGACUCCAGCUCCCGCCUGUAGAUUUAUGCUGGGAGAAGACCCCCCCUCUCCCCCUCCCCCUCCUUUUGCACGCGGCGCGCUCUCCGGCCCUUCCCUGUGCCCCCCUCUGUCUUGUCUCCCGUCUGGUCCGGAACCUGUUUGCAAGUGAAGCAAUAUCUCCGUGUUUUGUAUAUACAACCGCUCUUGUAGCCUUUGGUUUUUUGUUAUUGUAGAGAAACACAGAUUCUUUAUACACUUUGUAAGAUUUACGCCAAACCCCAGCUCUCGAUCUCUUAUUCUCCCUGUGGCCCCUGCACUGUUGCCCCGGAUGCCUCAUUUCUUCAGCCCGUUACUAAAAUGUAUACUCCGACUUCCUGUACAGAAA